AUUUACGAUAAUCUGAAAAUGGUGAUAAUUCUCAUAUUUUCAUUCUAUUUCUGUUAAGUUUGAAGCGCAUAUAUUCCUAUCUAUUAAAAAUGUAAAUGUGUAAUGUAAAUUUCAUAAUAAAAAAAUAUAUAAACUAAAAAUUGAUAUUAAAGUCUGAUUUCAUAUAUUACACAUAUUUAACAUACAAGAUAUGUUAGGUACUUUUAAUUUCUAAAAUAGGUUAGGUAUUUUUAAUUUCUAUAUAAUGAAUAUUCUAAAAUAUGAAAAAUAUAUGUAUACAUAAAAAAAAUACAACAUAAAAAAAAAACAUGUGAUUAUCUGUCAUUUAUUUAUUUAUUUAUUAACCAAUUAAAUAUGAAUUGGCCAAAUUAUGUACUAUUUUAAAACAUAUCUUUUUUCUUUUUAAUCAUUAUUAAAAAGUAUUUGAGAUAAUGACCAAUUUUUGUGAAUUCUUUCCUACAGAAUAUAAUCGUAGUUAUAGAAAAAAGAAAAUAGAACCAGCUAAAAUAAUAUAUCAUGAAGAUUAUUUUACGAAUCGUAUAGAAGAAGGAGAAAUCGAUCCUCGUAUAGCAUCGAUUCCUAAAGAAUUAGAUGAAACUGCUAAACAAUUGGUUUAUAAACAUAUUCUUAAUAAUCUGCAAUCUGUUUAUCAAAUCAACUAUAAAAAUCCUUGGAUCUCACGAGAUGAAAUAGAAAUUGAAGAAAAAGAAAAAGAAAAAGACUUACAGAGUGAAUUAUUGGCAUAUAUUCAUGAUUUAUAUUUCAAACCUCAUACAGAAAAAGUCCUUGCACCUCCAGUAACAGCAAAAAGAAGUACAUUAGCUGCAGUUUGUUUUCAUUUGCAUUGGGUCAAAGGAAAAGAACGUUUAGAAAGAUGGCAUUCUCAAAUUACAUUAAGAAAUCUAAAUAUUGUUGGUUUUAUAAAUGCAGUGGCAGGAAUUACAGCAUUAAUUUGGUAUCUUUUUCUCACAUUUUAUUAUAAAAUACCAAUUAAACCUAUUAGUGAAAGUACAAUAAUAUCAGCUGUUUGGUCUAUGAUUUGUGGAAAAUGGGGUAUUUUUUUAAUGUAUUACACUCAUAAAUAUGAAUUAAUUAUUCGAGAAGGAUCUGUACCCAUAUUAAUAGAAAAUAAUGGUUAAAAUUUUUUUAUACAAAUAAAUAUAAAAACUUUUAUAAGAAGUAGUUUAUUAAAAGUAGUUAUAAUAUAAAAAAAAUGUUUUAUUAAUAAAUAAAUAUAUUUUCCUAAUUA